UCCGCUCCUCUCUCCCAUAGCCCUAUUCUCCGCAGCCGGCGCAGGAUACCUACCUCUCCUCCUCCCCGUCACUCCAGCAACGGCGGCCGCCGCCGCCGCCACCACCACCACCACCGUAUCCUCCCUCCCCGUCCAGAUCCAGCCGCCACCUCCCCUCCCCACCUCGCCCCGUCACCCGCACGGGAUCCAGGCCCAAACCCCUCGCCCCUCCUCUCCUCUCCCCAUUCGAAUCCGGAUCUAGACUCACACUCCACCUCCGCCGGAGCGCGCUCGCGGCGACGGACACCGGCGAUGGAGGAGUAUCUAGCUGCCUACACGGCGAAAGAAGAUCCCGUAACUCCGGCGCAGCCGACUGUUCAGACGGCCAGUGCGCUGCCGGCCCGGGCAGCAGGCGGUCACGCGCAGCAGGCGCCAGCAGCUGCUGCUGCUCCUCCGACCAGUUCCAGAGUGGUUGCGAAAUCGACCAACAACAGUUCGGCGAAAACCCCCGGGAGCUCCGCGAACAAGAGAGUGAUAUACAUUGUGGCUGGGGAUGAUGGCUCCCAUGUGCCGAUCCUGCGCAAAGUGCAGGUGUAUGGAGAAGAGGCUAGUAAGGGAUAUGAGAAGACGCCAGCACCUGCGUGCAACGUCGUUAAGCAAGCUCGUCUGGAUGCUGGCAAACAACCGGUGAGACGACCAAGGAUACAACUGCUCAGCCACAACCGUGAGGAACGAUCAGCAGAGCUCAUGGAUGACGAUGAAGAAGCGGCAAUCGCAUUGUCUGUUAAACUGGAGAGAAACGCCAGCUAUGUGGACCGUUCGCUGCAGCUGGUGACUGCUGAAGAACAUGAUGUUAUGGAAAUCGAUGACAUAUCUAGCGACGAUACAGGCAGUCAAAGUGAUUCAGACAGCAGCUCUGGUAGUGAGUCAGAAAAGGAGGAAGGGAGGUUCUUCUAUCCUGCCCCUGAGGCACUGGGCACUGUUAAAGCACCGCAAGUUGGAAUGAAAUUCCCAACCCUCGAAGAUGCACAUGAGUACUACAACACAUAUGCUCUCCAGACUGGUUUCGUGGUGGUCAGGGGAAGAAACUACAAGAGACAGAGGUUUCAGCUGGACUGCAACAGGAAUCGCAAGGUAAAGCUAGUCGAGGACCUGAACCUGAAGAGGAAGAGGAAGAAGAAUGUCAUAGAGAAGACAAAUUGCCAGGCAAAGAUCAUCGUGAAGCUUAUCAAGGGAGAGUGGGUGAUCGCAGCAGUUCAGAAUGAACAUAACCAUCCGUUAUCUCCAAGCCGUUCGUUCACAAGAUUCUUAACGAGCCAAAAACACAUGUCACCUGAAGAGAGGUCAUUUUCAAGAGUUCUUCAGCAGAGCAGGGUGCCUCCCGGAGAAAUUCUCAAGAUUUUGAGAAGGAUGAGUGGCUUUUUUCGGGAAUUGCCAUCAAAGGAAAAACAAGCACUGAUCUUGCAGUCUGCUGAACAAUGGAGGAAAGCAAACUUAGAUGUUGAGAAAACACUGAACCACUUCGAGCAACUGCAGCUCCAGGACCCAUGUUUUUUCUACACCGUGCAAAAGGAUGAAGAUGGCACGCUUAGGAGCAUUUUCUGGACUGAUGCAAGGUCAAGGAUGGAUUAUGAAAUCUUUGGUGAUUUCGUAUCGUUUGACACCACCUUCAGCACAAAUAGACACAACAUGCCUUUCGUUCCUAUCACUGGGAUGAAUAGCCGUGGGAGAACAAUCGUGUUAGGGUGUGCCUUGCUGCAAGAUCGAAAAGCUGAAACCUACAAAUGGAUGCUCGAAACGUUUCUGCAGGAGAUGGGAGGAGGUCAAAUACCAAGAUCAGUCAUAACAAGCCAGGACGAAGCCAUGGCGAAGGCAAUAGCCGAGGUCAUGCCACAAGCAAGGCACAGGUUCUGCAGAUGGAACGGGAAAGCCCAGGAAAAGAUGGCGGCCUUUGUGGCAGCAAGAGGCAACAUGAAAGCAGAGCUGGACAUCUUAGUUGACAGUUCACUGACAGAGACGGAGUUCGAACAAGGAUGGAGUGCACUCAUUCAGAGACAUGAUGCAAGUGAAAACGAGUACCUACAGUUGCUGUGGGAGAUGAGGAAGACCUGGGCUCCUGUUUAUUUCAUGCAGGAUUUCUUCCCUUUUGUCGUUUCAGCCAGAGGCAGCCAGGGGGCAUUCUCACUGUUCAAAGAGAAUGUGCUUCCCAAGGACAAGAUAGAGAAUCUGAUUGAAAAGUACGAGGAGAUGCAGGAUAAGAUCAAGAAAACGGACGAGGAAGAUGUACUGGAAGCGGCGACCGAGCCUUCAUGCUUCUCACUGCAGCCAAUAGAAAGGCACGCAUCACGUGUCUACACAAGGCAGAUCUUCCUGAAAGUCCAGAAGGAGCUCCUCCACUCCACAGCAUUCAAAGUGCAGGAGAUAGAAAGAGGCACCCUGUACAGGCUGGACAAGGCCUACAGCUACGAGAACCCGGAGUACGACCGGGACUCCUUCGAGGUGUCAAUCGAGCCCGGCCUCACCGACACGUACACGUGCCAGUGUGCCAAGUUCGCCAGGGACGGGAUCCUCUGCUGCCACGUGUUCAGGCUCUUCACGCAGUUUGGCAUCGACGAGAUACCGGAGAAAUACAUCGUGGCCCGGUGGACCGACGGUUUCAGGGAGGAGCAGCUGGAGCGGCGUGAGGAGGGGCGGUUGGUGGUGGCGGCACAACGCGAGGAGGAUGCGGCGAGGUACGCGGCACUGAUGAGCAAGGCGGCUGGGAUCGGGAGGGAGAUCUGCGGCGACGGCGCCAAGUGCGACGCGUUCAUGCUGGAGCUGGACAGGAUCCGGGAGAAAAUGGCGACGAUGGCGAUGGCGAAUGAUCACGUUUAGACGGUAAGUGCUGAGCUUGGGCUACAGUGGACAUGUUCAGCAGCAGAAGUCUCUAGGUACUCGGGUUGGGGAGUUGAUCUUGCUCGUGUGCACAAUGUAGAGUAGCUGGUAAGGCUUGUUUUUCCUGUGUAACUUGAGAGACGAGUGCUAUGUAGUCUAUUGUUGCAUUCAUGAUUCAUGCAUUGUUAACUGUCAAGGAUUUGCCGUCGUGAUUCUGCUAUGUUAGUAGUACCUGCAUGCAGUUCAUGAGAUGUACUCUGGUUGUGCUAAAAUGUAUCCAUGCAUUAACUUGUUACAGAUUCGCCGUCGUGAUUCUGUUUAUGUUAGUACCUGCAUGCAGUUCAUGUGGUGUA